AUGAAAGUUCAACAUGCGUCCAACGACCACGUGUUGGGGAAAGGCAAAACCAAAAGGGGAAGUGCACCCAAGAAGAAGAAAAAAAUAAAUGACAAACAAGGAAAACAAAAUUCCAAACCUAACAUGAUAAUAGAGAAAAAACAAAAAAAAAAAGGAGCUAGUAUAAAGAAAAGCGACAUUGCGGCUGUAUUACUUCUACACGACGAAAAAAAAUUGACAUCGAGGAGCAACAGCGUAGUUUCAAAGGAAAAAGAGAAUAAUGUCAUCCAGGGGAAGGUGGGACAACCCGGCGGGGACGCCAAAGUGGAGAGAAAGGAAAAGGAUGGCCUGAAGAACAAGCAAAGUACACAAGUCACAGGUGACACACAAAACAAAAAUCCCAAAGCACGCGCAAAGAACAAGGGGGGAAAGAACAAAAAGAGCCUUGGCAAGAAGAGCGCGUCGAGAGGGGCGAAGCAGGAUUUGGACACUCCCCCAGUGAAACGUGCUAAGGCAAAAAUUGGCCAAAUGAAGAAUUCAAAGGGAAGCAAGGGCCAAACGAAGGAACCCAGCAUUAAAGAAGGAGAACAGUCAUCCAAACAAAUAAGCUCACGAAAAUACAAAGGGGAAGAAGAAUCUCCUCCAAAUGAAAGGAGCCUGAUGGCCAUUCAACCGAGACAUCUGAGUUUGGAUUCUUCGAAAAGGGGAGAAGUAGAAGGGGAGAGGAAUAACAACACCAUCAUAGAGGUUACUCCGUCAGUCAGCCUCGACCAAAGUCGAAUAGAAAUAAAUGGCAUACGCCUCGGGAGCGCUUCGAGUUCCAUUUUCCACCUGAGCCAAAGUGCAAGAUGGGGGGACGAGCGGGAGUCCCAGGGCCUCUCCGUCAGUCACAGUACCAGUCACGCUAGCAGUCGAGACGGUAGUCCCUUUUUCCACCGCGGAGUUAGUGGGGGAGAUAGCCCGCAUGUCAAUCGCGCUGUCCGUUCACAGGUUAUUUUGCCUGUUAGUCGAGGCGCCAGUUCGCAAGUAGGUUACUUGGCAAGUCACUCGGUAAGCCACGCAAGUGGAGAAGAACGAAGCCACUCAAUUGAACACUCUGCUACCCACUUAAUUGGACAUUCUGCUAGUCACUCGAUUCGACAUGUUGUUAACCCCUUAAUUGUCCACUCAGCUAGCCAUACAAAUGAUCACAGACGUAGGCAUGGGAGCAUCCACUCAGGAAGCUAUUCGGUUAGCCAUUCGAGUAGCCCCUCAUUUAGUCGCCCAAGUGGCCAUUUAGGAGGUCACGCGCUUGGCCAUCCAGGGAACCGUCUGAAUGACCUCCCAAUUGGACACCUCAUCAGCCGCGUCAGGGAUGAACCUCCUCCAUCACCAAAUCUCUACAACAGUGGAGGCAUUAGUGGUGAUACUAAUGCACAGGGACAGAACCAACCCCCGAACACGUACGGAAGGAGCCUAUUCUGCGAACUCACAGAGGCCCUGGAAAACGAUUCUACGCAAACAAAUGAAAAGAGCAACAUAAGCAUUCAACUGAAGGCCGAAGAAAAGGAACUUCAAAUAAGUAUGAACGAAACGACUGCACGUAUGUUGGGUACGCGGAAGAACAGUUCAAAACGCUCUAUCGAUUUGAUUAAUUUGGCAAAGGAAUUAAGGACUAAAUCUAGGGGAAGUGUUGAGACGGGGCAUGAAAAGGGCACCAAGACAAUGACCACUUUGAGAAGCUCCAAGAAGGGGAUGCAACAACAACACAAAAAGCAACCGCAACAAUCACAUCCACAGCAACCGCAACCACAACAACCACAACAAUCACAUCCACAGCAAAAGGGGACUAAUCUUCUCGUCAAAACGAAGGGGAAAAGAGUAGCCACCCGUAAGGAAGUCGGCUUUGGAAGGAUUAGCGGUAAUGGUAGUGCUCAUGGCAAGCGCAGUGGUGAUUCCAACAUUGUAAAGGCGAAGGCGAAGUUGAGGAAGAAGGACACAGAUAAUCAUGGAAGGACAAAAUUAAUUGCUGCUCCAGAGGAUAAGAGGGCAAGAAAAAGUGGCAAAACGGGCAAGGCAAAUGAGGCGGGGGGGACAAAGGGCCCAAGGAAAGGGGGGAGGAAGGGGGUAGUGAAGAUGGAGCAAAAGGAGGUAAAAAAGGAGGCCACAAAAGGGGAUGGACAGAAAAACGAUAAUAUGACCGAGGAGAUAAGGAAGAAUAUAGAGGUGCCGAGCAGGAUGAGUAGAGAUGUAGGAAGCAGAAUGAGUAGAGAUGUAGGAAGCAGCAUGAGUAGAGAUGUAGGAAACAGAAUGAGUAGAGAUGUAGGAAGCAGGAUGAGUAGAGAUGUAGGAAGCAGGAUGAGUAGAGAUGUAGGAAGCAGGAUGAGUAGAGAUGUAGGAAGCAGGAUGAGUAGAGAUGUAGGGAGCAGAAUGAGUAGAGAUGUAGGGAGCAGAAUGAGUAGAGAUGUAGGGAGCAGAAUGAGUAGAGAUGUAGGGAGCAGGAUGAGUAGAGAUGUAGGGAGCAAGAUGAUCAUAGAGGAGGUGCCUGUCGCGAAGAAAAAUGAAGAAGGGCAAGAGGAAAAGGCGAAUGCAGAGGAGGAAGACGCUGGAGAAAAGUCAGACCGCGUGAAGGUAGGCGAUGUGGAAGAGACAGGAAAAGAGGAAAAGGCAACAACAAAGGGGAUAGAAAAGGGGAUAGAAAAGGGGAUAGAAAAGAAGAUAGAUAGGAAGAUAGAAAGGAAUAUAGAAAGGAAGACAGAAAAGAUCUUAGAGACAACAACGGAAGACCCAGGAGAAGAGAGAACCCCAGAGGAAGACACCCAAAGGGAAGAAGGAAAUGAACUACAAGUGGUUUCCCCGAAGGAAGACGGACAUGCAAAUGUAGGAGAUGUCAACAAUGAUCAGAAUAAGAAAGAAGGAACAAAAACGGUGGAAGAAAAUUAUCCAGAGAAGGAAGCUGUGGUGGGAAAAAACGACGAUAAAGAAAAGAUAGGAGCGAAGAAGAAAAUAAAAUCCAAGACAGGAGUGAAAUUACGGCAGAAGGAAAAGGAGGUUCGAGGACACGCUAUGGAUGAACAUGCGCCUGCUACUGAUGGGGGAGAAAGGAAGAGAGAAUCUUCUAAAUGGCGUGUCAAUCCAAGAGAGGAGAAAUCACCUGUCCAGUUGUCUGUGCAGAAGCGAACCAUGAAAGGUAGACACAGAAAGGUGGAUAGCAUUCUACAGAGGUACGUGCACUUGAGGGAGGAAGAAGUGGCCGCGAAGAGAGAAUCAGCAUGGGACGAUGUACCAGAUGACUUGCUAAAUGUAGAAGGAAGGAAAUUCAAAAUUGAUGUCAUAAAUUUUGUAGGAAAUAUAAGAGUAGGGGAAAAUUCUAUUGAUGAAGAUAUUCUCUUUUUCUUUGAUUCGUAUGAAAAUAAAUUAAAAAAAAAAAAAAAAAAAAAAAAAAAUGUCCUAUCCUUAUUUAAGAGGCUUUUCAGAUGUGAACACUUCGAAUUGGACGGUAUUAGAUUGGUCCUACAUAUCCUAGACAAAAUUGCAGAGAAACUGAUGAAGGAAAUAAAGUUGGAGAAGAUAGUCAGAUGCUUCUCUCAGGUAACACAAUCAUCAAAUGAUGGGCAUACAACAGGGAAGGGGACAUAUACUCAACAGAAAAAUAUAGGCAAAGGUGAAGGUGGCAGCUAUUUAGAAGGGAACACAGAUGUAUUCACAUCAGAUGGAAUGUACCUUAAUCAAUACCGAAAUAAAUUAUAUGGUAUUAUUUUCAGUCCGAGGAGAACACAAGGUCUUAAUCCUUCUACGCUCUACUUCAUUGAACGGUGGAACGACAAUGCAAUGUUGAUCAUGCUCCGGGAAAAGAUGGAGGAGAUUCAGAGGAGGAAGAUGUUACCACUGAGGAGCGCCAUUCCUCUUUCAUGUUUUAAAUUAUUAACGCGUAAAUUUAUGUGUAACUUUAUUAGUGGCUGUUGUAUGACUAGCCGUGACAUGUAUGGUGGGGAGUUUUCCGUCCCCCUUCCUCCGCCUCCCAUGAGGCUACCGGUGCACAAUGAGGGGGGAGACUCCUUCGUGAGGGUCGGUGCCGCGAUUCGCGUCCUGGCCUCCAAGUAG